GACUAACCGUUAGCUACAAGUUGGAAACAAGUUUAGCCUCUUAAAAUCGACGUAAAACCGUUUCACAAUGUCUGAAUGGUAGACAGGGAGGUCAGGCCGCACAAGAUCAGCAACAGAGCAGCGUGUCUGGAGCUGGCUGGCAGAGAUUCACUGUCUUGCUCAAGAACACUUAAACAGUCCAGAUGCUUGCCAACUUGGGCAUGUGUGCCCACAGUCAUUUGGUUGAAGGACAGAGACUGUGAGCUGUUUGUAGCAGAUAUCCUUCAAGACGAAGAGCUCAGUGAAAGUGCCCAAGAGACACGGAAAGUCUUACUGAAUAACUUCAGGGUCGUCCAUGUAAGACACCCUCAAGAAUUCCCCUUCCCAUCGGACUUUAGAGACGACGACGGUUCUGAUGACAACCGCAGUUCCAGUCUGGGUCGCUCGGACGACGCCUCAGUGGCCUCUGACUACCAGGAUGAUGGAGCCCCUGAGUACUUCGGUGACAUCGCUCCUGUGGCAGCCCAGGACCUCGGCAACAUUUUGAAGCAAGGCUACUUGGAGAAGAAACGAAGAGAUCACAGCUUCUUCGGCUCAGAGUGGCAAAAGAGAUGGUGUGUUCUGAACAAUUCCAUAUUCUACUACUUUGGGAGUGAAAAAGAUAAGCAGCAGAAGGGCUCCUUUUAUAUCAAUGACUACGGUGUGCAGCUGGUGACCAACCUGAGAAAAGACUCCAAAAAGAUGUGCUGUUUUGAGCUCGUUUGCCCCGGACGACGAGCUUUCCAGUUCACUGCCAGCAGUCCUCAGGAGGCCAGAGACUGGGUGGACCAAAUCAAUUUUGUACUUAGAGAUCUCCACUCCACCUCCAUCCCUUGCGAUGAUGACGAGGAAGAGGAAGAGGAGACCUAUGAUGACAUUGAGGGGGUGACCGGCCCUCCCCCUCCGCGGCCAGGCGCUGCCCAGGUCUCUCAGAGCGGCAAACUGGGAGGAGGGCAUGAGACGGGGGAGGUCGACGAGGAGGACGAUGAUAUCUACGAGAUGCUGCCAGAGGAGGAUUUUCCAGACCCGACAGAUGAGAACAGCGAGAGGAACAACAAACCAGCUUCGUCAUCAGAUUACGCUAACUACUACCAGGGUUUAUGGGAUUGCCAGGCCGACGAGCCGGACGAGCUGACCUUCCAGAGAGGAGAUCUCAUCUACGUCAUUAGCAAGGAGUACAACAUUCACGGCUGGUGGGUCGGCGAGCUGAAUGGCACUGUGGGUAUCGUCCCCAAGGAUUUCCUGCACCCUGCCUACAUCCUCUGAGCUCCAACAGUGUUGCUGCUGACACGUCCAGCCAUGAAUUUCACAGACCGCUCAUCAGAUAAUCUUUUGUCAUUGGAAAAAUGAGACUGUAAGUUAUAUCAUGUAAAUCUGUCGCGGUGAUAAUUAUUCCUGUACACUAUGGACUAUUUGUAAAGGUCUUAUCUACAAUAUUAAUAUGCAAACUAAAGCUAAAACAAUUAGUCGAUCAAUCAGUUAGGUCUCUGUCAGAAAAUUAAGCACCAGCUACUUUAAUAAUUGAUUAAUGGUUUCAGUAAUUUUCCAACAAAAGCCUCUCAGACGUGGUUUGGUGCUUUUCUUUGUUUUAUAUCAUUAUAAAUUAAAUAUAUUUGUGUUUUUGACUGCACAUUUGACAAGAAAGUAAUUUAAGGGGACGUCACUGGGCUGUGGUAAAUAAUGAAGGGAUUUUUUCAGACUGUUUGUUUUAAUUUUUCAUGGAUUGAUUAUUCAGAAGAUUAACUAACAGGAUGAUGAAUAAUGAAAUUAUAUUAUAAUUAUUGUCGACUGAUACAUUUAUAAAUUCACUGGUUAAAAUGAGCAAUAAAUAACCAUUCGUUUUCUUUUGUUUCAUCCCUGACUUACAUUUUAAUAAGCUGCAGAUGUUAUGUACAAUAUGUAAAAUAUUUUAAAGCUGCACUGUAUAUUUCACACCUAAAAUCCCCCAAAAUAGUAACAGCCUUUACUGCCUGUCUCUGAUGUUCGGUUGAAAUGAUGUGUGGUUGUUAAACUGUUUUAUUUUUAGCCACUGGGUGGCAGGAUUGCUCCAGUAUCUUGUCUUGAAGGCAUGAGAUGUGUUUGGUUGGACACAGAAACCACAGUCACAUGUAACACAGUAAAGAAGAAAAACUAUUUAUUUGAAAUAAAAUUAGAUUUACAUGGACACAGUCACUCAGGUUGUUAUCACUGCCCUUGUAGAUCCAUGUUAUAAAAUUGAGGUCUCCUCCGAAGCUGGAACAUUCUUUAAAAAAAUGUUUUUGAAAGCAACUUGUCAAAAAAACAAAAAAAAAACC